AUGGGGGAGACACUUGCCGACAAGAACCAAGCAUACUGGAACCAUGCCUCCCAAGAUGUAUUCAAAGUUAAAUGGGUGCAAGAUUUGCAGAAUCAGAUAUCUGAAUUUCUGACGGGUAGCGUGGACUGGAUUGGCAUCCAGCUUCCAACCGGCGACAAUAGCCCCCAGACGAAGUUGAUGGAUUAUGCCUGCGGAAAUGGCAUUGUUUCUCGUUACCUCCACCCUCAUUUUUCCAAAUGCAUUGGCGUCGAUCUGGCAGAUGGCAUGCUAGACGAAUAUCGUGCAACCGCAGCCGAACUAGGCCUCGAAGACUCGCGCAUGUUGGCCGUUAAGGGGAACCUCCUGGCUCCCACAGUCACAUCGACUGAGCCUGCACUUAGUGAGGACGAGCUAAAUGGUUUCGACUUGGUGGUUAUUUGCAUGGCAUUACACCAUGUCGACGACACCUCUUUGGCAACCAAACGUCUCGCCGAAAGACUGCGGCCGGGUGGUGUGCUUCUCAUCAUCGACUGGGCGACGCGUGAUUUGUCGAACGAGACUAAACAGCAAGCUGGGGUGCAGACAACUCCGUCCGGUUCGGAGAAUCAUCACCACCACCACCACCACCACCACCAUCAUCAGAUGCAUGAGAUUAUUGAUUCGAAACACCCUGCAGCACAUACCAUCUCCCACGACAGUUUCUCAAAGGACCAGAUAUUGUCGUUGUUCGAACAAGCGGGCUGUGGAGAGUCGCAGUUUAAGCUAGCGGAUCGACUAUCGCCCGUCCCCGCCGCUCAGAGUGGGGAGAUGCAGCUGUUCUGGGCUCGUGCGACUAAGCUGUAA